CUUACUAUCUUACACCCCUAGCCCUUUUAAAUUCUUUAUUGCUAUUCCUCAUGAAACCAUAUGUUUAUCAUUAUCACUUUUCCUAAUUAUUUUAUAAUUAUAUCCCUAUCUUUCUCUCUCUCUCUCUCUCUCUCUCUCUCUCUCUCUCUCUCUCUCUCUCUCUCUCUCUCGCUCGCUCUCGUUCUAUCUUAUAGGGAGAAGCAAGAACCCCAAUUAAGCUCAAACCAAAUCCCAAAACAAAAACAUGGGGAGAGCUCCUUGCUGUGACAAAGCCAACGUCAAGAAAGGACCUUGGUCGCCUGAAGAAGAUGCCAAGCUCAAGUCCUACAUCGAACAACAUGGCACCGGUGGUAAUUGGAUUGCUUUGCCACAAAAGAUUGGCCUUAAGAGGUGUGGGAAAAGCUGUCGUCUUAGAUGGUUAAACUAUCUCCGGCCAAACAUAAAGCAUGGAGGGUUCUCAGAAGAGGAAGACAACAUAAUUUGCAGCCUUUAUAUAAGUAUUGGAAGCAGGUGGUCUAUAAUCGCCGCACAAUUACCAGGAAGAACUGACAAUGAUAUAAAGAACUAUUGGAACACAAGGCUGAAGAAAAAGCUUCUUGGUAACAAGCAACGUAAGGACCACACUCGUAGAGGCCUAACUAAGCAGCAGCCUGAAAAUAUUAAAAAAGGGACUAUCAGUAGUAGUAGAGGUAGUAAUAAUAAUAAUAUUACUGGAAUAGCUCAUUCCAAUAAUAAUAUGGUUCCAGCAGCUGGUACUGGCCAUCAUUAUAACACUAUAAUUGGUACUGAUAAUAUUAAUGGCAGCAGCCAAAGCCCGUGCUGGCCAGAGCUACCUGUUCUGACUCCGCCGCCGUACUCAAACGACUGCCAUCCGCGUUACAACGACGACCACUCAUCUAUAAGAAAGUUACUCAUCAAGCUCGGAGGAAGAUUCUCUGAUGAUCAUCAUGAUUAUAACAGCAGUCAGCCAUUAUUAAGCCAUGACCAUGUCAUUAUUAACAGCAGUCAGCUGAGUGACGAUCACAUCAUUAUUCCUUCUUCUGCUUCCCCGCCACAGCCGCCGCCGCCGCCAGCAGCUCAAUUUCCCCCACAACUUUCAGUCCAGUAUAAUACGGACUUCAGCUAUGGCUUGGUCCCGCAGAUGUUGGAGAAGGGACAAAGCAGUAGUAGCUCUCAGCUGGUUGAGCUUGAUCAUCAGGAAAGUGGUUUUUACGAUAAUGUCCCUGAUGCUCCAGUUCUAGAUGGGCUGAAGUUCUUUUAUGGGGAGGACAGUACUGGUAAAGGAAAAACUGGCGGCAUUAUUGCUACGAUUAAUAACAUGGAUAUGGGCUGGGACGAUGAGAUGAGUUCUAUGGUUUAUAACGCUACUACUAGUGCUAGUGCUAGUACUAGUACUGCUACUAAUAAGUUUGUUUCAGACUACCAAUCUCAAGACUCCAUGUCUUUUCUAGCCAUCGACCAAUAGAGUUUAAUUUGUAAGGAGAAAUAAUAAUGUAAUAUUGACCUCAUGUGUACAUGUACAAUAAUGAACUAAUAUUAUUUAUGGGCAGAAUACAUACUUAUGAUCUUUAGCUUUGAUUAUUAAUCAUAU